UUUCGUAAUUAUCAGACUUUCCAAAUAAAAUUAUUUUACUUUUUUCUGAAAAAAGAAAAGAAGUAGGAAAGGCUUCUUCAUCAAACAUAACGUAUUGCUUCAUCUUCUUCCUCUUCUCUAACAUUCCCCGGUAUGGGUCUCAACACUUCUUAACUUCUCUCUCUCUUUUAUAUCUUCUUGAUAAGUAUGAAGAACCCAUCUCAAUUCAGAUCCAAUCAUACCCUUCUCUUCUUUCUCUGAUCACCAAUCAAACAAAACACACAACCAACAACAACAAUUCAGCUUCUGUAAUUACAAUCUGGGAACAAGAAAGCAUGGCGAUGUUAGUUGAGCCACCAAAUGGGAUCAAACAGCAAGGGAAACAUUACUACUCCAUGUGGCAAACACUGUUCGAAAUCGACACUAAGUAUGUUCCCAUCAAACCCAUCGGAAGAGGAGCUUACGGUGUGGUUUGUUCUUCCAUCAACCGCGAGACCAACGAGAAGGUCGCCAUCAAAAAGAUUCACAAUGUGUUCGAGAAUCGCGUUGACGCCUUGAGGACGCUGAGAGAGCUCAAGCUUCUUAGGCACGUGAGGCAUGAUAACGUGAUCGCGCUUAAAGACGUUAUGCUGCCUACGAAUAAAUCGAGUUUCAAAGAUGUUUACUUGGUUUAUGAGCUGAUGGAUACUGAUCUUCAUCAGAUCAUUAAAUCCUCUCAGUCUCUUUCUGAUGAUCACUGCAAAUACUUCUUGUUUCAGUUGCUUAGAGGAUUGAAGUAUCUUCACUCUGCAAACAUCCUUCACCGCGAUUUGAAGCCAGGGAACCUCUUAGUCAACGCUAACUGCGAUCUAAAGAUAUGUGACUUCGGGUUAGCCAGGACGAGCCAGGGAAAUGAACAGUUCAUGACCGAGUAUGUGGUCACGCGUUGGUACAGAGCACCUGAGCUUCUUCUCUGCUGUGACAACUACGGAACCUCCAUUGAUGUCUGGUCAGUUGGAUGCAUAUUCGCGGAGAUUCUUGGUCGAAAACCGAUAUUCCCGGGGACAGAAUGUCUCAACCAGCUUAAGCUCAUCAUCAAUGUCGUUGGUAGCCAGCAAGAGUCUGAUAUUCGGUUUAUAGACAACCCGAAAGCUCGAAGAUUCAUCAAGUCUCUUCCUUACUCGAGGGGUACACAUCUCUCCAAUCUCUACCCGCAAGCCAAUCCUCUGGCUAUAGAUUUGCUGCAGAGGAUGCUAGUGUUUGAUCCGACCAAGAGAAUCUCUGUAACCGAUGCACUCUCGCACCCGUACAUGGCGGGACUGUUUGACCCUGGUUCUAAUCCACCUGCGCAUGUCCCAAUCUCUCUGGACAUAGAUGAGAACAUGGAGGAACGGAUGAUCAGAGAGAUGAUGUGGGACGAGAUGCUUUAUUACCACCCUGGAGCUGAAACUGCAAACCCCUAAUCACCAUCGUCAUCAUCCAGUUAUCUUUUUUUCCUUCUAAAAUGCAGCUUUGAUGUUAUGUUUAUAUAGCGAGUGUUUUCAUCUCGCCUGUUUAUUUAGAUACAGUUGAGUGAGUGAGUGAGUAAUAGCAAAACAUAAUUUGAAGAACUGAUUUAGUAUCUCUUUUCAAUUUUGUAAAUGUGAAUCGUGUGAGAACGUUUUUAAGUUAAGGGCUUGUUGUUCUUCA